AUGGGUCUCUCCAAAACCACCAGGAUUUUGAUCCUGCUUGCCAUCGACUCUCUCUUCUUCCUGCUUGAGAUAUCUGUCGGAUAUGCGGUCCAUUCGCUCGCGCUCGUUGCUGAUUCUUUCCACAUGUUGAAUGAUGUGAUCUCACUUCUAGUCGGUCUGUGGGCCGUCAAGGUUGCCAACCAGAAGACGAACUCGAAUAUGUAUACGUAUGGGUGGCAACGAGCCGAAACUCUCGGUGCUCUCGUGAACGGUGUCUUUCUCGUCGCACUUUGCCUCACCAUUUUCCUCGAUGCCAUCCAGCGUUUCGUCGAGCCUCAAGAAGUUAGCCAACCUAAGCUUGUGCUUAUAGUAGGAUCUUUUGGUCUGGCUUCGAACAUCGUCGGUCUCUUCCUUUUCCACGACCACGGACACAGCCACGGCGGACACUCUCAUGGACACGGUGACGAAAUCCAAUCAGCAGAGGAGGGUCAUGCCCACGGAACCGACGCUGAAGACCAUGCGGUAGCCGAUGAGGAAGGCAAUGUCGCUGACGUGCUUCCUCAAAGUCGCAUUGGCAACUGGCCGUCGACCGCCACCGAUGGACCGAAUACCCCUGGAAAACGGCCUACAGAUAUCUCCUGGUCAGCCAAGAAGGAUGCCACACCUCGCAGGUCAGCAUCCGGAAAGCGUAUCUCUAGGAAGCAUCACCGAUCGCGGUCUCGAGGCUACUCUGGACCCGAGGACAUUCCAGUUUACCCCUCCUCUUUCCGUAACAGCAUCAUUGAAUCAUCGCGUUUGGAAGAAGACUCCAGCUCAGAUGCGGAUAACGAAGACGCGGUCGCAAACGGUGGACCUACAGAGCAGUCACCGCUUUUGCCCAAAGGCAAGGGCGUUUCUGGCCAACCCGGUUCUCCCAAGAAGGACGCUCACACCGAUCACAAGCAUGCAAAGCCAAAGGAGGACGGCAAGGGCGGUCACGGCCAUGGUCACGAUCUCAACAUGCGCGGUGUGUUUUUGCACGUCAUGGGCGAUGCUCUGGGAAACAUCGGUGUUAUUGCAUCGGCUCUCAUCAUCUGGCUGACGGACUACUCAUGGAGGUUCUACUCGGACCCCGCCAUUUCUCUUGUUAUUACCGUCAUCAUCCUUGCUUCUGCCAUCCCACUGUGCAAAGCUGCGGCACGUAUUCUGCUCCAGGCCGUACCAGCGGGCCUUUCAAUCGACGAUAUCAAGGACGACAUUACGGAGCUUGAAGGCAUUGUGUCAUGCCACCAUGUCCACGUCUGGCAACUUUCCGACACCAAGCUCGUUGCUUCGCUCCAUGUCCAAGUUGCCUUUGAUUUCAAGGGUGACGGAUCCGCACGCUACAUGGCUCUCGCCCGCGAAAUCAGGCAAUGUCUCCACGAAUACGGCAUCCACUCGUCCACUAUCCAGCCGGAAUUUUGCCUCGACGAGAACCAUGACCAUGCCGGCAACACAGACGAGAGCAGCGCCGACGAAGCGGCUGCGUCCCAUGGCAAGGCCUCAAAGGUCGGUAGCAAGACCGGUAGCGUGUGCGGUGAGGGCGAGACGUGUCUGUUAGAGUGCUCUGACGCAUGCGGCAACAGCAAGCAGUGCUGUGAGCCUGCUGCUUAA